AUGGCGCCCAUUCCCAUCACCAUCGUCACAGGUUUCUUGGGAUCCGGCAAGACGACACUCCUCCUCAAUCUCCUACCCCAACUCCGCGCUCAAAACCCCGCAUACAAGCUUGCGCUCGUCAAAAAUGAAUUCGGCGAUCUAGCAAUCGACAGCCAACUCGCAUCUUCAUCUUCUAUAACCGGCGUACGAGAACUUCUCAAUGGCUGCAUAUGCUGUAAUCUUGUUGGACAGUUAGAUGUAGCUCUCGAAGAGCUGCGAAAGACCAUCAAUCCAGACCGAAUCGUCAUCGAAACCUCCGGGAGCGCAUUCCCCGCUACAUUAGCGAUGGAAGUCAAUCGACUGGCAAGAGAUACCAAAGGCGCAUAUGUGUUGGAUGGCGUGGUGACGGUCAUAGACGUCGAAAACUGGAAAGGCUACGAAGACACGAGUUAUACGGCCAAAAUUCAAGCCCGAUAUACAGACCUGAUCGUGUUGAAUAAAUGGGAGAUUGCGGGAGAGAGAAGACUGGACGGGUGUCUGGAUCGAGUAGGUGAUUUGGAGGUCCAAGUUGCGACUGUUAAGAGUGAUAAAGGUAAGGUACCAGUUGAUUUGGUGUUUGGUAUAGACAACGCUUCGGCUCAGAGUCUUGGUGUUGCUGUGAAUGAAGAGCAUGACCAUUCACAUGCUAAGAGCCAUCAAAGUGAAGUCGAGGUCUUGUCAAUCACACUCACUGCGGAUUUCCCCUCAAAAGUUGAUGUUGAGAAGCUUGAAACUCUCCUCAAGUCAGCGCCGAAAGACGAAGUUUACCGAAUCAAGGCUGUGCUGGCUGCUUCUUCACCAAUACCCUCUCCCGACACAUCCCCUGAACCCUCAGAGAGCGGGCGAUAUAUACUGAACUGGGCAUUCUCCAGAUGGACUUGCACGCCAUUAAAGGCGGAAGAAGAGCAUGAGUCGAGCAGCGGCGUUGUAUUAAGAAUGACAAUGAUACUUGCUCGCUAUGAGAGCAAGAAGUGGAAAAAGAAGAUUGAAUCUCUCGAUUACAUAUCUCUAGAAGGUAGCGAAACAGGGAUUUUGACAGUUGAAAAGAUUGCGUGA